GGAGACAAAAACACUUAAUUUAUUUAUUUCGGAUUCUUUAUGUGGCCAAACAUGUUCAAGUAUCGAAUCCGCAUGUUUUUUAAUGAACUGAAAGUCCUGGUGUUUAUGCGAUCCGAUUCAAGACAGUCCAGCUCAGACACAGAUAGACGGUCCAACACCAACACCAACACCACCAUGCGAGGUCUGGGGAUGGGCGGCUGCGGCUGGCCGCCUUUCGUCGACUGCCAUUCCCGGGACGACGAGGAGGAGUACUACGGCAGCGACCCGCGGCCCCGGAGCCUGGCGUUUGAGGAGAAGGAGCCCAAGCUGCAAGUGGGCCUGGACGCCGUGUCCCUGGCCAGCACCGCCAGCAGCCUGCGGACCCCCCAGUGCCGGAUCUGCUUCCAAGGCCCAGAGCAGGGCGAGCUGUUGAGCCCCUGCCGCUGUGACGGCUCUGUGCGCUGCACCCAUCAGCCCUGCCUCAUCCGCUGGAUCAGCGAGAGAGGCUCCUGGAGCUGCGAGCUCUGCUACUUCAAGUACCAGGUCCUGGCCAUCAGCACCAAGAACCCACUGCAGUGGCAGGCCAUCUCUCUGACUGUCAUUGAGAAGGUGCAGAUAGCAGCCAUUAUUCUGGGUUCCCUGUUCCUCAUCGCCAGCAUCUCCUGGCUCAUCUGGUCCUCCCUCAGCCCCUCAGCCAAGUGGCAACGUCAGGACCUGCUCUUCCAAAUCUGCUACGGCAUGUACGGCUUCAUGGAUAUCGUCUGCAUAGGCCUAAUCAUCCACGAGGGAUCGUCAGUGUAUCGAAUCUUCAAGCGAUGGCAGGCUGUCAAUCAGCAGUGGAAAGUACUGAACUAUGAGAAAUCGAAGGACUUGGGUGACCCGGUGAGUUCGAGCGGUAAGACAGGCGCUCGAGGCUCUCGGGGUAACCCUCACGGUCUGGCCAGCAGCAGCAGCGGGCGACCGAGCAGGAGGCUAAGAACUAUUCUGAACCACCACUGUGGAUACACCAUCUUGCACAUCCUGAGCCAGCUGAGGCCCAACGACCCGCGGAUCAGCGCUGCCGCCAACCGGGAGGUGGUGAUGAGGGUCACCACCGUAUGAGCGGCACAACAGGAUGAGACCCCGUCUUUUGUGUCCCGAUGUAAAUGAGAGGAGGGACUUGAUGUUGAAUACUAAAGACUAAGUAACAGGAGCCCCGUGAGGAGCUGAGUGAUGCCCGGAGCAUCAACAGACAGCACACACGAGGGUUUCUCCUCUUGUUUCAUACAACAAAAGAAAGCCAGAUGCUCCUUUUCAAUAAUUAAAGAACUGAUGAAAAUACAGGAUGAAAAAGCAUUAAAAGACAUCAAACGUGAAACAUGUAAACAGGCUUUACAAACCUGAUCCAAGAUGAUGAGACGUUUUUUCCAGUUCAAUAUCAGGAUGCACAGAAGCAUUUUUUUUCUUUGUUUUUAAUCCUCUUGGUUUGAUUUGUAACUCUUCUUCUUCUUCUUGUUUUUUUUUUUUUACUCACUUUGAUUUUGUACGGAUGUAUGAUUUUAGAGGAAAUCAUGUAACUCCAUACAUGCCAAGCAUUUCCAGACAGCUAUGUAUAAUGAUCUUAAAAAAAUUUCUACAAGCUAAACUGAUGCUGGUAAACAGACCGAAAACUGAAACUAAACAAACAUGUGGGCUCCACAGAGGUGACAACAGGACAAUAAGUCAUAAUGAGUAAAAAAAAAAAAAGAAAAAUGAAAAAAAAGAAACAAAAAAUAUAAAAAAAAUAAAGAAAUCAGUAAGAUUUCAGUUACACUUUUAACCUUUCUGCAAUAAAGAUACGUAUGUACAUUUCACAGGGAAUUUUGCAUGGGUAUAUAAUUUUAUUCUUGAUCACAUUACAUAAGCACAUGACAAAAUUUGCUCUAUUUCGAAUGGUGCUUGCCAAAAUAAACACUUAAACAUCCAAUUUCAUUGCACCAACUUUUUAUCAGCAGGACAAAUGGCAGUGUGUUACAGCUCUUUCAGCUAAAAUACAGUUUGUUGCUGCUGUGUGCUGAUUCAGAUUUGAUAAUAAGUUAAAUUAUUGGAUUAAAAAAACGGGGAUCGGAUGAUCUCUUACUUCUCAGUCUCACUCAGUCUCUUAUUUACCCAACCUGUAGCGUAACGCAUGGUUUGGUUGAGUGUGUCAUUGUUUUUCUGGUGUGGAAAUGUAGUGAUGUGCUGGAAAUAAAGCGGGACAUCCUUCAUUUAGAAAAGUUUUUUUUUUAAACUUGAUUAACCCUAUUUAAAGGGGAUCAAGUAUGUU